AUGCGCUUCUCCACAACCCUCGCUGCCAUCGCAGCGACAACCCUCCCCCUCACCCAAGCCUACUACAAAGGCUUCAACGUGGGCGCCACCAACCCGGACAGCUCCUGCAAAACCACCGCGCAAUGGACCACCGCCUUCCAAAAACUCCAAGCCCUCCCACAGAAAAUCUCUCAAGUCCGCCUCUACGCCUCCUCCGACUGCAACACCCUCGCCAACGCCGUCCCCGCCGCCUUGAGCACCGGAACGCAGAUCCUCGUGGGCGUAUGGACGGAGGACGCAGCACACUACACGGCCGAGAAGAACGCCCUUGAAGCCGCCAUCCACGCGCACGGCACCGCCUGGAUUCUCGCCAUCUCCGUCGGCAGCGAGGAUUUGUAUCGCAAAGACACGACCGCCUCAACCCUCGCGCAGCAGAUCUACGACGUCCGCGGCAUGGUGCGCGCGCUCGGCGUGCAGGCCGAAGUCGGACACGUCGACACGUGGACGGCGUGGGUCGACUCUGCCAACGACGCGGUGAUCCAGGCGUGUGACUUCGUCGGCAUGGACGGAUAUCCCUACUGGCAGGACGCGGACAUCUCCGCCGCGGAGGAUGUGUUUUUCAAGAGUUACCAGGAUACGCUGAAUCAUGUGCAGAGUGUUAAGGCGGGGACGUGGGUGUGGAUUACGGAGACGGGGUGGCCGACCCAAGGCGCGACGCAGGGCGCGGCGGUGGCGAGUCUGCAGAAUGCGCAGAGGUUUUGGAGGAGUGUUGCUUGUCGUUUAUUCGAAACCGGACAUGUGUUCUGGUACGCUUACCAGGAUUACAAUGACAACCCGUCGUUUGGGGUGUUUGAUAAGGAUGGGAAGGCGCAGUAUGACCUUAGUGGAUGCUAG